AAAGAUUUCGUUGCGUACGGAAGCAAGCAACCUGGUUGUCCGCGCGGUUCUUUCGAGAAUAUUAGCGCUUUGUUUGCAGUUCCCCCAAAGCCCUGUUGCGGUCCUCUCUGGAGCCACCGUUUCUGAAAACCUCAUCGAAAGUGAGAUCACAGAGACAUCUGGUGAGGAAUUCCUGAAAACAAGCUAAAAACCAGUCUCCGCAAGAUUGAAAGUGAAACGUUUUCGCGUAGAACCUUACAGUGUGGGCGAUUUGUGUGCGUGCGUGUGUGUGCACAUGGUGUGCAAGUGUUGGUCGUAACUAAAAGUGUCAAGUGGAUCGCGCGGUUAAUCCGUUGCCGAGGAAAAGCUCAACUGCGGAGUGAGUGCUGGCAGCGCCCAGAAGUGCGAACCCAAGUCCGGAGUUGUGCCCAAGAUUUCCUCAUCCAUUCGAUGUCUCAAUUACUUCAUCCGCUGUGAAUUGGAUUAAUCGAUAAGAUUCAAAGCGUUGCGUCCGCGCAUUGAAACACGCCCCAGCCGCCCCAGCGAUGGACGAGUCAACGUCGUCCAGCAAUGACCACUCGACCGGUGACGGGUACGCGUACAAGAACGAAAUCUCGCUCUCGAUCGGCGAGGACGAUCACAACUCGGGCACCAACAGUACGGCGGUGCCUACGCCGUCGCCCCGGCACGUCGAGAUUCCGGUGCCGGGCGACGACAGUGAGUACGCCUCGCUGAAGGACCACAACGGUUCCGCCACCAUGAACGGGCUGGACAAUCCGGCCUUCGAGUCGGACAAGGAAAAGCGACCGCUGAGUUCGUUCGGCCACUCGGGGGAAAAGUCCCUCGGGGCCACAUCGGUGAACGGCAAGGUCGCUGCGGAGAAGCCGCUGGCGGAGGCAGUCAAUCUGGAGCUGCUGAACAUGUCCAAACCAUCGAAUGGGCACAAGAACGGAGCCAGUGCACUGCCGGUCAAGAAGGACACCGAGGUUGAUAUUGGUGACCCCUACGACGAGUACUUCGUUCCGGUUAACGAGCAUCGAAAGUUUAUGAGCGUUUCGUUUCAAAAACCGCGCCAUCGCCAACACGCGUACGGCCAUGGGGUUGACUUCGCCGGCCAUUCGGUCAAUGAGCCGGCCCAAGGAACCGUGGACUAUAAACAGUGGACCAAGAUCACGAGAGGCGAGAAGCUGUACGUUACCAAGGACAAACGGGACAAGAAAAAGAAGAACUGGCUUUGCUGGCUACUCGGGCUGGCCGUUCUCGUCGCCGUAAUCAUAAUCGCCAUCCUUGCCGCGUCCGGAGUGAUCUUUAACGACGAUCCGACGCCAGUGGAGUCGCGAAGGUUCGCCGAAGGCAACCAGGUGGCCACGGCUGGAGUGUUUGGAUCACGGCAAGCGAACAAAACCACCUCAACGGAAUAUCCCUCAACCUCGUCACCACCGGGCUCAACGGUACCACCUCUGCCACCUACCACCGAAGAGAACAUCGUCUACGUGCCCAAUACGAUCGAGGGUCAGAUCACCUUGACGAAUCUGGAAUUCUUGGACGACUACCGGGACCGGAACAGCUCCGCGUACAAGGUGCUGGCCGCCGAACUGGAGGAUGAAAUCCGCGAAAGCCUUGACGUGCUGGGAUCCCGCGAGAAGUUCUACGUCAAGAUCAUGAGCUUGAAGCCCGGCUCCGUGGUUGUCGACUACCGUGUUAGCUGGGACAACUCCAGCGAAUCGCUGACUAUGGACAGCAUGAAGGAACGACUGACGAACUAUCUGUCGGAGAACCAGAACUAUUUGGCCACCUACAUCGUUCCGGUGAAUACGAUCCGUGUCGCAAGACUGCCGGAUAUGUGCUACUCGGGACCAUCGGAAAUGAAUUGUGAAUUUGCCUGCGAGUUCAACGCUCGUCUUGGUGACUUUAUGUGCGUGUGCCCGUCCGGAAUGCGACUGAACAAUGACGAUGGCAAAACUUGCUACACUCCUGUGCUGGCUUCGCAGCAUGAACCUACCGCCGAACCGGAACCGGCCAGCGAGCCCGAGCCAGAACCAAAGGGUGAACCCGAGCCGGCUGGUGAACCGGAACCCGCUGGUGAACCGGAGCCUGCUAGUGAACCGGAACCCGCUAGCGAGCCUACACCUGCAAGUGAACCCGAACCAGUGGGCGAACCGGAGCCGUCAAGUGAACCUGAACCAAAGAGCGAGCCAGAACCAGCAAGUGAACCUGAGCCCGCGAGUGAACCAGAAACUACUAGUGAACCCGAACCAGCUAGCGAGCCUGAACCCAACAGUGAACCCGAGCCGGCCAGUGAACCUGAACCGAAGAGUGAACUCGAGCCAGCAAGUGAACCUUCGUCUACCACUGAGUUGAACGCAGCGGCGAAAAUAGUGAGCGAGCCAACUCCUUCCAGUGAACCGGAGCCUACGAGUGAACCGGAACCGGCGAGUGAACCUGCAAGCGAGCCAGAACCAGCUAGUGAGCCAGAACCGGCUAGUGAACCCGAACCAGCUAGUGAGCCAGAGCCCAAGAGUGAACCAACCUCCACUACCGAGUCAAGUUCAUCUGGCAAACUAGUCAAUGCACCAACCCCGGCAAGCGAACCGGAACCUUCGAGUGAACCUGAACCUUCGAGCGAACCAGAACCAACCGGUGAACCCGAACCGGCAAGCGAACCGGCAGCGUCCAGUACAACUGAACAUUCCAACGAACCGGAAAAGUCAUCGUCAAACCAAUCGGAAAAGCUUAGAUUCGCUGACUCCACUCCGGAACCCAGCAGUGAACCAGAACCGACUAGUGAGCCUGAGCCAAGCAGCGAGCCUGAGCCUAGCAGUGAGCCAGAACCAACCGCAGACCACCAGUCAUCUACCAGUUCGAACCCAAAGAGCGAAGUUGAGCAGAUCAAGGCCGUGAAAUCUAGCGAACCUGAGAGCGAACCUGCCAGUGAGCCUGAACCUGCAAGUGAGCCGGAACCCACCAGCGAACCGGAACCCGCAAGUGAGCCGGAACCGUCUAGUGAACCUUCCUCGACCGAAUCCAACUCCGGUAAACUUCAAUCGUCAACUGAGUACGCCACCCAGCAACAGUCGUCCACGAAGGAAGUCGUCGAGGAUCACACCAUGCCUGACUUUAUGAUCCCUGAUCCGGAACAGAAACACUCCACCAGUACGGAUACAAUCUCAACAACUUCGCUCAAAUCCGUGUCGGAUACACCGGCCCCGGUAACCGAAACAAUCUCCGAUGACACUCCUCAGCCUACGCUCGGAACGUAUCUGAUCGCGGCAAGAACGACCAAAUCUCCUAGCACCGAAUCUAGUAACGUAUUUGACGGACGAUCGCUGGAGAACAAUGAACCCGAAACCACCGAUAAUACCGUCUAUGCCACUUCUAGUCCGAUCCUCCUGGAGCAGUACCGUUCCUCAACAAGCUUCUCCACCUCGACCGAAUCCAUGGAGCAGCCCAAGGAGCAAGAAGAAGACAUGUCUCCAUUCCUGCCCAACAUUGAGACGACUAGUGCGAAGAACCGUGCACUGUACGCCGUAACCGAAGCGGUACAGGAAGCGGACACGGUCCCAUCAAUCCUGAACCACGUAGAUCAGUCGCCGUUCCUGCCGGAAAUCGAAAACAACGCCAGCCUGGUGAAUCUGCUGCACGAAGGGUUGGACCGCCAAGCGGAGGGCUUCGACAAUGAUUCCCAGCAGCACUACUUGGAGGUGCUUCCGCUAUCGAAAGAAAAUGAUCGCAACGAUUACAAAAAGCAGCUAAGUACCGAGGUUACGAAGACUGUUUACAUUGCGACGACGAUACGCUACGCUCCGACCACGGAUUCGGUGGAAGAUCUGCUGACAGCUGCGAGUUCCAGAAAUAUUGUCGAACAGACGACUAACGGGGCGGAGGAAGUCAUGAACACGAGCACCGAGAGGGACGUGGAGGAAACCACGCUCGGUAAAGUGAAUGCUACCUUGGCGCGGCAGGAACUGCUGGAAGAGGAAACUACUGAACAGGUGGAGCGCAAACCAACUACAAUGCAGGUUGAGGAAUUGAGCAGCUCGCCGAAGCAAGACGUUGAAGAUGUGAAUACCACAGAGCAGGUGGAAGAAAAGCCAACCACUCAGAAGGCGGACGAGGAGAAGACUUCACCGAAAGAGGAAGUUGAAAGCGUGUCCACUGGAGACGUUGUCGGCAAGUUGGAAGCUACUACGGUGGAGGAAGAGCCGACUACAGUUCGUGUAGCGAUGACGAGUGGUGCUCCCGCAAAGCUGGAGCUGGAAGAAGAACGUGCGUCGACGUCGGGAAAAGCUGAAGAGGUGACGGAAAAUACCAAAGAGGAAACCACUGAGGCACAGGCAAAGAUUGUUGCUGAGGUGACGAGUGAGAAGGAGGUUGAAGAAACGACACCGCAUGCUGCGGUGAGCACAUCUUCGACGACGGAGGGAGCUGAUGCGAAGAUAGUGGAGGAAGUUACCAACGCAACUGAAACAAGAGAACCAAUGACCACAACAUCCACAACAACGGAGUCAACUAGUUCUUCCUCGACGACUACCGAAGCGGAGUCGACGUCGACGACAACUUCUACCACAACCGAAGAAGGAAAGAACGACCUGUUGAAAAACUUCCAGGAUCUGGACUCAGACAACGACAUCUCCGAGAACGAUCUGAAGGUAAUUCCGCUGCAGAAAUCUGACGUGACGAAAGAAUCACCUCCGCCCGAUCCAACAACGUUUCAAACUGCGUCGGCCGCCCGGGAUUCCACCUUCGAAACCACGACCGGUCAUUUUUUAGACGAAACGACGUUUCAUUUGAUUAGAUCAGAGCGAUCGAAUGAAACGUCGUUAAUUCGGACGAGAAAUUCUGAAGCCCAGAACUUUGGCGAGUUGAUUGCGAGUGUCGGCAGCGGAAUGUUUACCAAGUGUGCCGUAGGACAGUUUGAGUGCGUGAACGGAACGUCGAUCAAGGACGGCAGCUCGUGCAUCCAAAAGUCGGAACGGUGCGAUUCGGUGUCGCACUGCUCGGACAACAGCGAUGAGCAGGACUGUGAGCGGUUGGGCUGUCCGGGACACUUCCAGUGCAAGGACGGGUUCUGUCUGGCUCGGCACCACGUGUGCGAUGGGAUUGCGCACUGCAACGACGGAAGCGACGAGGUGGAGUGUGAUCGAUGGCAGUGUAACUUUGACGAGAUCUCGUGCAAUCCGGGUGGCGGUGGAGGAUCGUGCCUGCCGGCACUGUGGAAGUGUGACGGGUUGGAGCAGUGCGCGAACGGGUUCGACGAGAGCAACUGUCCGGAUACGUGCACCAAUGAUGAGUACUUCUGCGUUGGGCAGCGCAAGUGUAUUCCGGAAGCGUGGAGGUGUGACGGUACCGCCGACUGCAGCGGUGGAGAGGAUGAACGACUGUGCGACUGUCCGGUCGAUAACUUCCGGUGCAACGCGGGCGGAUGCGUGCCGGACAAGUUUGUGUGCGAUGGUCAGCCGCAGUGUCCGGAUCUGUCGGACGAAUGGGGAUGCUUUAGCGUGGACAGUGGAGCGCUAAAGGUUCGAAUUGAGUCACAGGAACUGAAGCCGGUAUGCGGGGACGGCUGGACCAAGGAGUUGUCCGAUGAGGUGUGCGCUAAAUUGGGCUUUACCGAAGCAAAGUCAUUCUCGAUCUCAGGAGAAAAUGGAGAGGAUUCCGUCUACCGAUACAUGAGCACAAACGCUUCGAAUUUGUUGGAAAACAUGGCACUUGCAAGCAACUGCUCAGCUGGUCUGGUGAAGAUCGAAUGCGAACAAUACCUUUGUGGACGUGAAAGCAUCACUCCGACCUUGGAGCAACGGAUAGCCGGCGGCGUCAACUCGGAAUCGGAACAGCUGCCAAGUUUGGCGCUGCUAUACAGCAACGAUGCGGCCAUCAAGUGUACCGCGAAUAUAAUUUCUCCACGAUGGGCACUUGCAAGCUACUCAUGCAUCAUGGGCAAAACCGAGUUCAUCGACAACAGAAACGUGGCCGAAUUGGACUGGAUGCUCUUCGCUGGCACGUCGCAUUUCAACUCCUCUCUGGUGUCCGGCGGUAGCCACAACGGCACGUUCCAAGUUGUAGAGGUUCAAAGGAUUGUACCUUAUCCACAGGCCAAAUACAAGCAGUUCCUCUACAGUGGUGACGUUGUGCUGCUGGAGCUGGCCAGCCCACUGCGGUUGAACGAGAGGAUCGGAAGUGCGUGCCUGACGGAGCGCGCCAUGAUCGACGAGGAGCAGCUGUGUCUCACCGCCGGCUGGGGCGUAGAUCCAGCCGAGGUGGCCAACACCGAGCAGUACCUCAAGUAUCUGCCAGUCCCGACCAUGCCAACCGAGAAGUGCAACUCCUCCAUUCACUACAACGGCUCGCUGAACGAUGACGCCAUCUGCGCGGGUUAUCUCAGCAGCAGCAAGACAACUUGCUACAACGACGAAGGAGCGCCGCUGAUGUGCCACGUCGAGAGCAGCGGCCAGUGGCGGUUGGAGGGGACGCUCAGUUAUCACGGUAACUGCGGGAAGCGGCCACAUCCGGCCAUCUACAACUCGAUUACCUCAAGCAUCUCGAACUGGAUUCGGAACACGGUGGGCAACGACCGGAUGUUUGCCACGAGUGCCACGAGUAGGAGCAAUGGCACCACCGCGGAACCCGUCAACGGUACGCAGCCAGCAGUGGCUGCGGCAGGCGAGCGGUAAAGCUGCGUGCUGACGGACGACAUGAGUGUGUAAAUAUUACGUGUAUUAUAAUGAGAAGUUACGUGAGAAUGGAAGACAUCACGAGGGAAUUUGAAUCAAAAAGCAUAAAAAGUUUGUAUUUAUAGAUAGGUCGUAGUGGUUAGCUAGUGAGAGCAUAAUUCUGCAUUGUUUGGGUGUAAGAGAAUGUCUGAUCAAGAUGAAAUCCUAGUCACAAAAGUCGAUUAUUUUGUGCCAAUAACUGAAUCGGAAAAGGAACAAUAUUUGAUUUUCAUCAAAUGAAAGCAAACAUUCGAAGCAAAAUGACAUUUUCGUUAAACUACCAGAGAGAACUUAAAAUGUGCUGUUUAUUUGAUAGUGUUACCAAGAGAAAGAAAAAUCCAAACCGAUAGCUGGUCGCGUUCGACCCAAAAAUUCUCUGCUCGUAUAUUGUUCUCUUCUCUGCAG